UCUAAUUUGUGCUAUUGCACGAGAAUCGGCGAUUGGUCGAUCGGGCCCGUGUUGUGCCGGCUCGUUAUAUCCCCACUUAUCGGUGCGCUCGUGAGCUUAUAAAUAUUCACGGUAGGAUAGGGAAGUUUUUAUUAUACUCACUGACAAGCAUUCGUGCUAGUCGUUUCGUUUGUGUGUAAACCAAUCUAACUCUCUUUAAACAUGUCUGGACGUGGUAAAGGUGGCAAGGUUAAGGGAAAGGCAAAGUCCCGUUCUAACCGUGCCGGACUUCAGUUCCCCGUGGGCCGUAUCCACAGGCUUCUACGCAAGGGCAACUACGCCGAGCGCGUCGGUGCCGGUGCCCCCGUGUACUUGGCUGCCGUCAUGGAAUACCUGGCCGCUGAGGUUCUCGAGUUGGCCGGAAACGCCGCUCGUGACAACAAGAAGACCAGGAUCAUCCCCAGACAUCUCCAGCUGGCCAUCCGCAACGACGAAGAGUUGAACAAGCUCCUCUCCGGUGUGACCAUCGCCCAGGGUGGUGUGCUGCCUAACAUUCAGGCCGUGCUCCUGCCCAAGAAGACCGAGAAGAAGGCUUAAGUGUCCCCUCACUUCUCGUCCGUCCGGUGACAUCUAUAACGGUAACAUUCGGCGAUCGGUGAAUGUGUACAUUUGUAUCGUGUAUAUAAUAUUUAUAUCACGGGACCUAUGUUACAUUCCCGACCGAGUGACCGUUACAAAAGGCCCUUUUCAGGGCCACAA